AUGGGACUUGAAGGGACGGGAGGAAAAGGGAGGAGACGCGCCGAAAUUGAGGAGAACCUCUCCCUUCCUCCAUACCUCUCUCCCUUCUCCGCAUCCCCCUUCCCUUACCCCAUCUCCCUGUCCCUUCCCCCAUACCUCUCUCCCGUCUCCGCAUCCCCCUUUCCCUUCCCUUCCCCCAUACAUCUCUCCACUCCCUCCCUUUCUCUCCCUUCUCCGCAUCCCCCUUCCCUUACCCCAUCUCCCUCUCCCUUCCUCCAUACCUCUCUCCCUUCUCCGCAUCCCCCUUCCCUUACCCCAUCUCCCUGUCCCUUCCCCCAUACCUCUCUCCCGUCUCCGCAUCCCCCUUUCCCUUCCCUUCCCCCAUACAUCUCUCCACUCCCUCCCUUUCUCUCCCUUCUCCGCAUCCCCCUUCCCUUAUUCCAUCUCCCUUUUCCUUCCCCGCAAUCCCCCCUUCCCUUCCCCAUCCCCCUUUCCCAGCCCAAUUUCCUCCUUUCUCCCCCUUGCAUCCCCUCCUUUCACCCCCCCUGUAUUCCCUCCUUCCCCCCCUUUAUUCCCUCCUUCCCCCCCCUUUAUUCCCUCCUUCCCCCCCCUGUGUAUUCCCUCCUUCCCCCCCCUGUGUAUUCCCUCCUUCCCCCCCCUUGUAUCUCCUGCUUCCCCCCCCCCCCUGCUUCCCCUCCUUUCCCCCCCUUGAUUUCCCUCUUUCCCCCCCCCUGCAUUCCCUCCUUCGGGUCCUUUGCUUCCCCUCCUUUCCCCCACCCAAUCCCCUCCUUUCUCCCCCUUGCGUCCCAUCCAUUACCCCCCCCCUGUAUUCUCUCCUGUUCCCCCCCUGUAUCCCCUCCUUUCCGCCCCUGCUUCCCCUCCUAUCCCCCUCUUCUCCCGGCCGCUCAUUUCCCCCACUGCUUCCCCUCCUUCCCCCCCCCCCCCCCUUGCUUCCCCUCCAAUCCUCCCGUGUUUCUGUGUCUUCUCUUUCCAGUCUCAUCAGAUUUGAGUGCGGUCCAUUUUCAGUAA